AUGUCCUGGUACUGCAUUGUUGGUCAGGGGACCCUGGCACACUUUGCACUCGUAGCCAACACGGGAAAUGUCUUCACUCAAUUCGAGGACCUCAACACGAAAACUCCACUUGAAGACCAGCUCCUGAGUCACAAUAUCCUCAGGUUGGGCGUCUUCAUGGACAGCAAUUGCGGUCAAAGCGAGACUGUUUUACAGAUGGCCAGCGAUAGGAAACUCUUUAGCCAUCGGUAUCACUGGCUCAUUUACGAUCGCCUGCUGGGUCUCUCCCGAAUGGAGACUCUCUUCAGCAGAGCCCAACUCUUUGUCGAUGCUGAUGUGACCUAUGCCAUAGGUGGUCUCGAGCCCACCAGCAGAGCCCUCUUCACUCUCUACGAUCUGCACAACAAGGGCAGGCAGUUGGGUGGAGAGCUGAACAUCACCGUGGACCAGGAAAUCGUUUGCCAUGAGCUGGAGUGCCGCGUCCAGCGCUAUCUCAGUGAUCUUCAUACGAGAGAUCGACUGCAGCAUCGGAAGUCCCUCACUGGAAUGAUCAUGAGAGCCACUGCAGCGGUCAACUCCAUGCCACUGAACACCUCGCAAGAGAUAAUCCUCAGCUUCAUGGAAACCAGAGACCGGAUCCAUCUCGAUACGUACGCCCGCCUGGGCUACCAGUCGCGCCAGCCACUUCGAGAGAUGUUGGACUGCAAGUUUGAGUAUAUGUUUCGUGACCGCUGGACAGGCGAUGGCAACGUGUCGGGGGGCAUGAUCGGUGACUUGAUCACCGAGGCGGCAGAUCUGUCGAUAGCCCCCUUCAUCUACUCCUUUGAUCGGGCGCUGUUCAUAAAGCCGCUCACGAAGUUCAGUAUCUUUCGCGACGUGUGCAUGUUCCGUAACCCCCGAUCGGUGUCGGCUGGCCUGAGUGCCACCGAGUUCCUGCAGCCCUUCAGCGGCGGUGUCUGGCUGGCAUUCGGUCUGCUCCUGAUUGUGGCAGGCUGCAUGCUCUGGGCGACCUUCCGCAUGGAACGCCUGAGCGAAUGGAGACCCUCGUUGCUGACCAGCUGCCUGAUCUCCUUUGGGGCUGGCUGCAUUCAGGGGGCCUGGCUCACACCUCGCUCCUUGAGCGGCCGCAUGGCUUUCUAUGCACUGAUGCUUACCUCCUUCCUGAUGUACAACUACUACACGUCGAUCGUGGUGUCCAAGCUGCUCGGGCGGCCGGCCAAGUCGAGCAUCCGCACACUCCAGCAGCUGGCGGACAGCAGCCUGCAGGUGGCCAUAGAGCCGACCCCCUACACGCUCGUCUACGUGACCACCUCCGAUCAGCCGGACGUCCACAGUCUGUACUUGAACAAGGUGGCAGGCAGCAAGCAAUCGCCGGAUCAGAUCUGGAUGUCCACCGAGGAGGGUGUCAAGCGGAUGCGGGAUAACGCAGGCUUCGUCUACAUUGCCGGGGCGGCCACCGCCUACGAGUUUGUGCGGAAGCACUUCCUGCCCCAUCAGAUCUGUGAGCUGAACGAGAUACCACUACGCGAUGCCUCGCACACCCACACCGUGGUACUGAAGUCCUGCCCCUAUGCGGAACUCUUUAGAUUAAACGAGCUGCGAAUGCUGGAGACGGGGAUCCACUUCAAGCACGAGCGCUACUGGAUGCGGACCAAGCUCCACUGCUACCAGCACAAUCACUCAGUGGCCGUGGGCCUGGAAUACGCUACACCCCUGUUUAUUCUGCUUCUGGGAUCGAUUGUACUUUGUGUGGGGCUACUGGGCCUGGAGGUGCUGUGGCACAGGCACGGGCACACGGCUCUCCGCCACUGA